CUCUCUCUCUCUCUUUCUGAUGAACGAUAAGAACAGCGCGUCACCACCCUCACAGCCACCUCUUUCUCUCUCUCUCCUUAAAAAGAAAAACCGGGAAAACGACGAACGAAACCAUACGCCUCUACAAAUAACCACCGCCACCACCACCAUCUCUCUCUCCCCCUCCUCCUUCUCUCUCUCUCGUUUCUGUGUGUGAAAAAAAUGCCAUUAUGCGAGGUGAACAAGUAUCAGAAACGGGAGGAUGGAUCAAUUUCUAACAAUGCUGUGAGAAUCUUCUACCAGACGUACGGUCGCGGCCUCACCAAGGUCCUCCUCAUAACUGGAUUGGCGGGUACUCACGAUUCAUGGGGUCCUCAGAUCAAAGGAUUAGCAGGGACCGAUGCCCCAAACAACCAAGAAGAAAGGGGCCAUCCAACUUCAGUCGCGUCCGCCGGUCCUGAAUCCAACGGCUCCGGCGGUGAUACGGGGAGCCAAGAUGGUGGUUGUAUGUGGGAAGAUGGUGACAUUGAGGUGUGCAGUUUCGAUAAUCGCGGAAUGGGCCGCAGCUGCGUGCCCAAAGACAAGUCGGAUUAUACCACAACUAUCAUGGCAAAGGAUGCUUUGGCUCUUAUGGAUCAUUUAGGCUGGAAGAAAGCUCACGUUUUUGGGCAUUCAAUGGGUGGUAUGAUAGCCAGCAAACUAGCAUCUAUUGCACCAGAGAGAGUUUUAUCGUUGGCUUUACUUAAUGUAACUGGAGGGGGUUUUGAAUGUUUUCCCAAGGUCGAUAGAAAGUUCAUAUCAAUAGCGAUGCGGUUCAUGAAAGCAAAGACUCCUGAGGAAAGAGCUACUGUUGAUUUGGAUACCCAUUAUACGGAGGAAUAUCUCAACGAACGCAUCGGAGUCCACACAAGAAGGAAAAUUUUGCACCAAGAGUAUGUAAAGGGCAUAUCAUCUACAGGCAUGCAAUCCAGCCAUGGUUUUGAAGGACAAGUAAAUGCGUGUUGGACGCACAACAUGACACAGAAGGACUAUGACAUUCUUUGCUCAUCUGGGUUUCUUGUUUCUGUCAUUCAUGGCAGGGAUGACAUCAUUGCUCAAGUUUCUCAUGCAAGAAGAAUUGCAGAGAAAUUGUAUCCUGUGGCGAAAAUGAUUGAACUGGAUGGCGCUCAUCUGGUGAGCCACGAGAAGCCGGAAGAGGUCAAUGAAGCACUAACAGAUUUAAUCAAGGCCUCAGAGUCUAAGCUGGAGGCAUCUGAGUGGACUAACCUAUUCAAAAUGGGAAGUGGAGAGGAGAUAACAGCACUGUCAUGGAUUAAGAAGACAAGUGGAUUCCUUUCCACACAUACACUAGAUUAUGUCAUGAAACUACAGCUCAGUUUCUUGUACCUCUUUGGCUUAUUUGUCAUGCUGUUGGAUCAUGGAAGGAAUACUGUGCAGAAUCUAAAGCCAGUAAAAGUUGCUGCUUCAGCAACCUAAGGUUGCAUCUACUGACUAGCAUGAUAUAUAACUGACGUAGCAUGAAGGAUGUGUGUGAGAUCUCAGUGAGGACUUGUUACAUGAGUGAUGAUAAUAUGUCAGCAUCAGUGGUGGUUCAAGAUGUAAUUGAAGCUUGCUUCCGACACUAAAGCUGAAUAGCCAGGCACAGGUGGUGGAGGUUGCCUGUUGGAUGUGAUAACCAUUUAUUCCUAAUAAGAAUUGCGGCAAAUUGAUCCUUGUCAAGGCUGUCCUGAAUUCAUCCCAGGCAUGCACCAGGGUUGAACCAAAGGUUCAUUGGUUUCAUACACCAAGCUCUUCUUGACAAUAAAGAGUCUGAUGGAUCUCAUUUACGUGUAAAUGUAUGAGUACUCUGUGUCAUGUAAUAAUCAUAAGGACUCGGAAUCUAAUGCAACAGAAGUAUAUCUUUUAUGGACA